AUGCCGUACAAGCGAGCAAAUGAUAAUGCAGCACACCCUAUCAUUCUAUCAUCGCAUGUUUAUACAAAAACUGCUUUGUUUUUCUUCGUCGAAAUACAGUUCUUCAUUACAAGCGCUGUGCUCACUCUCGUGAUUCACCCGGCCUUCACCGAGGAGGCCGCCCAGGAGGACAGGAAGAAGGAAGAUAAAGACGUGGAGGGACGUGGUGGCGUCCUGGGAGGCCUUGGUGGUUAUGGCGCAGGAGUCGGUCCUGGUCUCGUGGGCGCUGGACUUGGAGGACCUGGUCUUGUCAGUGGUGGAGUGGUGGGCGAUGCGGGCCAUGUCGGAGGUGGGCUUGGACAUGGUCUUGGCCUGGGCCAUGGAGUUGGCAGCGGCUUCCAGUCGGGUUAUGGUUCUGCUGCCGCAGGACACCAGGCAGGCUUUCAGAAGGGCGCCACCGGACACAACCAAGGGUCAAGUGGCUUCACAAGAGGUUCUUCCAACAGGAACGUGAACGCCUACAGCAACAAUCAGGGUUACAACCACAACUCGGGCUUCUCUGCCAGUGACAGCAAGAGCUUCGGCACAGGCCACCACCAGAGUUCCUCGGGUUUUCAGGGAGGUGCCGAUGGUCAUCAGGCUGGAUUCGGACAGUCGUCAUACGGAAAGGCGGCAGGAGUUGGUCUCCCGGGCGUAGGCCUCCACCGCUAA